AAACUGGUUUGUAACGGCAGUGGUGGCCAUUUGAGCCACGAGUAAACAAUGGCGGCCGCUGCUACAUCCAGCGAAGUUGUCGUGCGGGGAACAGCCCUUCUAGCUGAGCUCCAGCCCGAGUUCCCGGAUGUGGUAGCACUGGAUGCCAAAGCAGCACAAUGCGUCGCGACUGGAGAUGUGUUUGCUGGGCUCGUGUGUUGGGAGCGCGCUCUCUUCCUACGUCAGCACUACUUGGGUUUCGAAAGAAGUGUGGGCUCAAGCUCGGGCCAUGUGUGAAUUCUGCACGACGGCCGCCGCCGACGCCCUUCGACGCAACGACAUGGACCAUGCCCGUCGGUUGUUGUCAAAGGCGAAUGCACUCUCCACCCAAGACGACGUGUUGGCGAUCGACAUCCUGAAUCAGUUGGCUUGUUACUACCGGCGAGCGGCCAAACUGCGCGUCGCGUAUGACUAUUUGAAGAAAGCCAUGGCCAUUGACCGCCGGCUCUACCCCCCAUGCCCUGCCAAAGCCGCCGAAACCAGAUUGAACGCGUGUGCCAUCUUGUCGCAAUUGGGGCGCCACGACAAGGCCUUGGAACUGGCCCAAGCGGCGCUAAUUUUGCUCCAAACACAAGCCAUGGGCGCUCCUGCUGUGGAAAAAACAGAUGCCAUCGACGUCUUUGCCGCGCAGGCGGUGGCCCACCACAACAUCGCCGUCGAAGAGGAGUUUCUCCAGAAACCAGCGCAGAGUCUGCACUCGUACCGGCGGGCAGUGUCGUUAGCGGCGGUGCAUUGCGGAGACUCGCAUCCGUUGACGACAGAGCUAGCGGCGUCCUUGGCGGCAGCGGAAGCGGCGCUAGCACACAAAAAGAAGCACAAGCUGUUCAAGGGGGGGCGAGACAGUCAAGUCACCGUGGCAUAUGCAGCAUCUGGAAAAAGUCCCAGUGCCAAGGCAAAGUCGGUGCCACAAGCGGCCAAGAAAGCGUACGGCAUGGACGAAUCGACAGUGUCCACGCAAGCGCUGCAAGCCGAGUUGCAACCGAAGAAAUCUGUCAACAUGGACCAGUUUGACAGUGCUGCGUUUGCCGACAACUUUGACGCGAGUCUGGUGGCUACAGUUGAUCAGGCGGCGACCGGAGAGGUGCUGGAGCCAGGGGGGACGUCGGCGACCGGUGGGACGAGGGACGGUAUGAUGGCCUUGCUGACUCCAAGGGGCACAGCGGGUGACGAAAGUCGUGGGGAUGGAGGUGCUACUGCGGACUCAAAGGCUGCAACGGAAGUGAAAACGUCGACGGAAUUCGAAGACGAAACGAGGGACGGCAACGAACUACGUCACGAUGACGACAAACAUGGGGAGGCUGACCAUAUAAUUGCUGACGAGAAGGAAGGUCCCAACCCCCUUGAACACGAGCACACGAACGACGCUCCGACAUACACAAGGGAUGAAGACGACGACGCAGGGGAAGCCAAGGCGGAGGCGAAGGAGAGGAUGAUGGAUGCAUUGGAUAAGGAAUCGAUGAAAGCAACGGAAAAACCAGGGGAUGGACAUGUUGUGAAUGUAAAUGCUCACGAGGACGACGUCGGUCUGGAAGGUGACGAUACCAGCUACGAUGAUGGCGGGGACCAACUCAUUGAUCUAUCGGAUGACGACGAAGGCAAGCAUGACGAUGUCGCCGAUACAAAGGUGACCACUGCAUAAUCCAAUAUGCCAUUCUGUCCGCACAGCACAUUGUCUAUCGGUAGCUCAAACCACGAAAUAUGAAUUGAAUUGAUUGGUGCUGUGGAUUCUGAACAGUAUGACAACCUUGGCAGCACAUACGACUAACAUAUAAUCGACUCGAAAGAAAC